AAAUAUCUAAUAUAAAGUAUGUCAUUUGUUGCAUUUUUAAAUUAAUUAAAUACGUGGUUGAUUGAUUUUUCUUAUCAAGUGUCAUAUCUGGAUUUAUAUGAACAAGAAGUUUGUUGGCGUCCUUUGACGCGUUCAGACGUCUGAAAAAAUUUUUUUCUUUGUGUUCCGUUCUGGUCCUAAUAUCUUUUCAAAAUAUAUAUAACCCGCUGAUGGCCGAAAGUCGCACUUGCGACUGGGUCAAAAAGAAUUAAUAAUAAGAAGAAGAAGGUCUUUAAGUUUUUAAAAUGAUGACGUGAUGAGAUUUCCCGAUAAUUAACUGUGAUUGGUCUGUUUUCCCUUAUUCUACGUUUUUCUGUCAUUUCCUUUCAAUUUUAUUCGCGCGCUAAAAUUUGCGUUUUAAGGACGCAAAUUCUUUUGGCGCGAAUUUCUUAGCAGGCAGUAUGUACAACAACGGAAAUGAUUUUUUAUCAUGUAUCAAAAUUCCUCCCACAAAACAAGCUACAACAAAGAAAUCUGAAAAAAUGGAAUCAAUAGAUUUUACAGCAGAUCAUCGUAAUUUAAUUUCAACAGCUAAUAAGAUUUUUGGAGAAGGAAAAUGGAACCAUUCUGUUGCUCAACAGACUUUAGAUUAUGUUGAAGCUAUUGGUGCCAAAUGCAGCGUUGGAUGUGUUAGUUUCGUUAAAGUUCAACUGGAGAAUGGAACCUUUCAUGAAGAUGUUGGUUAUUAUAGUGCAGAAGAAUCUACAAAAGGCUUGUCAAUACACAAUGCAAGAAUUGGUUCUGCUGUAAAUGGCUUAAGGAGAGUUUUGUUGUCAUUUGGAGACAAAAUUGAAAAAGAAUUACAAUUACAAAAGCAAAUUAAUCUUGAACAAACUGGUGACAUACAGAAAAAUGCGAUACAAUCAUCAGUUAAUAAACACAUGGAAAAGAAAUCAAAUGUUCCAAUUCAAGAACCUACAACAAUAUUAGAGCGUAAAAAUGCUGAAUCAAAUAAAAAUAAAGGUCCUGUUCAAAUUGUGAAAGAGGAAACAACUGCCACUAAACUAUCAUCACCAAUAAUUAACAGUUCUCUAGAAAUCUUUGAAGAUUUGGAUGAAGAUAAGGACAACUUAGUAACAAUACAAAACGAUAAAACAAAUAUUACUGAACAGGAACAAGAAUUAUCUGCAAAAGAGAGACAACGAAUGGAGAGAAAAAGAAAACAAAUGGAAAAACAAAUGGAAUUUAAAAACGUAUGAUGGAAAAAGAAAAGCUAAUAAAUAAUGAUAAGAAACCUAAUCCUAAAUAUUAAGUUAUAUUUAAUAAGUUAUACAUAAAAGAUAUAAAGCAUGCAAACAUUAUUUUU